CCUCUAAUUGAAGUCAUGUAGGCUAGAAACGGAAUUCGGAACGAUGAGAAAAGAGACAAACAGGAAGGCAGAUGUCUCCUAUUUCCUGGGAAUAAGGGACGAGUGCAAUUUAGAAGCCGACUCUCCUUCUGGGGUUGCAGGAUCCUACGGGAGCCAUCAUGUCCAAACGGUGCCUCCUCCUUGCAGCCUUCCUCCCGGUUCUCUCCCUUCUCCGACCGGCGGCCUCCGGCCAUUGCCAACGGUCCCCCAGAUCCAUCUGCAGCAAACACGACACUUUUGUGCCUGGCCAUAGCUUCAUUGGCGAGGGGGUUGACAUCACCACUCUGAAGAGGAAGGGGGCGUACGUGAUGGACACCAGCCAGUGGCAGGGGCCCAACGGGACGUGCACCCUGUGCCGGAAUCCUCUGAUGGGUGGGCAGUUGCAGAAGCUCCCCCUGGCUGCCGCGGACUGGCGGGCGCGUGGUGGCUGCCAUAAACAAGCGAGCAGUUCUGUGGAGUAUUCUGACGUGGACGUAGCCAACGCGGUGGCCAAGGAGGUGAAUAACGACUGGAAAAUCGAGCUCCAAUUGGGCACAGAGAAGAAUGGGCUUCCCAUGGCCCGGGUAGCCUUUGCCGGAUCUCGGUCCCGGAUGACCCUUUACGCCCACGAGAAAUCUCAGCAUGAUAGUUAUAUGUUUUUUAGGCAAGAGGUCUCCUGCGAAUACUACAGGCUGAGGCUCCUUCAGAGUUCUUCACUUCAGUCCUCCCACUUCUCCUGGGCUGUGGACAAGCUGCCCGGGAAGCCCAGCCCUGAGGAAUACCAGCAUUUCAUCGACAUCUACGGCACCCACUAUAUCAGCCACGUGCAGCUGGGCGGGCGAGUGCGCCACCUGACCGCCUUGCAGACUUGCGUGAUGGUCUUGAAUGAUUUGUCAGCUUCUAGCAUCAAGGAGUGCAUCAAAUGGGAGGCUGGUCUAGGCGAUGCAGAGCUGUCAGUCUCCAAAUCCUUCAGUUCCAUGUGCGAAGUGCUCUGGAGGGGCAAAAGCAGUGGAAAGUACCACAAAGGCUACACCAUGCAGCACACGGAGGUGGAGGGAGGGGACAAGCAGGUCGAGAUGCUGUUCUUGAGAAGCAGAACGGUCCAGCACUUGUCCAAAUGGAUGGAGAGUGCCAAAGUGAAGCCCGGGCUGGUCUCCUAUUCCCUUCUCCCGUUACACACUUUGUUGGAACGGACUGAUCCAAGAAGAGAUUUGAUGAAGCAAGCCAUCGUGGCCCAUAUAAACCAGAGGGCCCUAAUUCGGGAUUGCCCCCAAAAUUGCCCACGCUGGAGCUCAGAACAGCACUGCACAUGCAUGUGUCAGGCUAACAGUGUCACGGACCAGAUGUGUUGUGCCCGGAAAGAGGGCAUGGCCCACCUCAGAUUCCACAUACACAGUGGAUCCGACCUUUGGGGUGACCGCUUCACUGCCACCGAUGCUUUGGUCAAAGUUUUCUUCAACGGUCAGGUACGGCAAACCAGGGUCAUCUAUAACGAUAACGGGCCCCAGUGGCUUGAAACCCUGGACUUUGGGACUGUCGAACUGUCAGGCUACAACCCCUUUGUAUUGGAAGUCUGGGACGAUGAUGUUUGGCAUGAUGACCUAUUGCACGUAUGCCAUGGAAAUCUGGUGGCCGGAGCUGAUCCGGUCCAGCUCAGAUGUCAUCUAAGUUAUGGAUACCUUGAUUUUUCUUACUUGCUGGUGUGUGGUCACACCAUGGGUGGCCCCAGCUGUCAUGACUAUGUCCCUUUACAACUGCCAAAGUCUUAUUUCAACAACACGACUCCCACUUCCAGGGCUACGUUCUUAUCCUGGUGAUUUCAGGCUCUGGGGCGAGGGAAAAUCUAGACAUUUCAAAGAUAGCAGCUGGGACAAAUCCUGUUGAGUCAGGGCAGAGUUGGGAGAAAUCUAGUGGGUUUGGGAAUAUGGCCUAGUUGGCCUAGGUGUGACAACAGGGGGCAAAGACGCCUUUACAAGGUCAGCUCUGGCUGUUAGGAGCCUCCAAAACCCACCACAAAAAUCUUUAAACUCCCCUCCUCCAACCAAAGAUCAAUAAUGCAGUAUUUUUCUUACAUGUGGGCCAUUAUUAUUAGUUGUUGUUGUUUUAAUAAAAUGUUUGUAUUAAAGAUAUAUCUAACAUACUGUAAACAUUAUAAUAGUGUAAUAUAUGUUAUAAUAUACCUAUCUACUCCCCCCCCAAAAAAAAAUUUAAAAAAAUGAUGGAGUGACGCUUAUUUCCCUUAUUACCGUUUUAAAUUCUUGAUAGUACUAUAAAUUUAUUCUGCAUUGGAACCGUAUCUUUUUAGCUAUGUUCAACACAAAU